CUUGCCGAAGAGGGGGUGAAAGUUUGUUGCAGGAAAGUUUCUUUUAAACUCUGCCCUGGCUGUUUAAUAUCAUGGCUCCUGGUUGUGCCCCGGUGGGCUCCGUCUGGGUUUUCUUUUGCAUUUUAAUUUUGUGUCUGCAGCGGGGAAGGGCUUUCGGUGAAACCAGAGACACCGAGUUUACUUUCAUUUUGCCAGCUGGGAGAGUCGAAUGUUUUUACCAGAAAGCGACGCGAAACAGCACCAUAGAAGUGGAGUACCAGGUGAUCGCCGGCGCUGGCAUGGAUGUCGAUUUCACAAUCGCUCACCCCGAGGGCUUCCGGCUGGUCUCGGACUUCAGGAAAUCGGACGGGAUCCACACGAUCGAGACAACAGCCGAUGGAGAUUACGAGAUCUGCUUUGACAACUCGUUCAGCAGGAUGUCUGAGAAGAUGGUGUUCUUCGAGGUCAUCACGGAGGGCUUGCUGCAGGACACGGCCGUAGAGGACUGGACUGACGUGGUGCAACCAGAGGAGCUCGUGGACCUCAAACUGGACGACAUCAGGGACUCCAUGGACGGGGUGCACCGGAGGCUGGAGAGGAGCAUGCAGAUGCAGGUGAUGCUGAGAGCCUUCGAGGCGCGGGACCGCAACGUGCAAGAGGACAACCUCUCCCGCGUCACCUUCUGGUCCUCCCUCAACGUGCUGGUGAUGGUUUCGGUGGCCCUCGUGCAGGUCUACCUGCUCCGAAGCCUCUUCAAUGACAAGAGGAAGGUCCGCACGUAGAGGGAGCGGAGCCGAGCCCCGCACUCGCUUUCCCACUGUGAACCGGACCCUAGCGACCGUCCGCGCGCACCCGCGUUCUAUCAGAACCAGAAUCCUGAGCAAGGGGGUUCUGUGCAACCCAACGCAAUCAUUCCAUACAGCCCUGGCCAGCGGUGUCUCCCCACCCUAUAGAAAGAACUCAUUGUGCUUCAUGA